AUGGAUGCCGACGAAUAUACCCCUGUCCCCCUCACGCUUUUGGACUCUACGGUUGGGAAUACCGACAUUAUUGCUCGCACCAGUCUUGUCGCUGACGCACCACUCUCGUUCGACAAACUGCAAGAAUCAUGGUACCGUGCCCUUCAGGCCAGGCCUAUCCUGCAGGCGCGCGUCCGCCGCUCUAGGACUGCACCGUCCGGCCUGGAGUAUCAUGUCUUCACGCCCAAGGGGAUGGCCAAGUAUCUUGAGCGCCAACAGUCAGCUCCUGAUCAUCUCAAAGACUUUUUCUGCUUAGACGAGUCUUACCGAUCCAUCACUGACUACUGCGGCGGAUUUGGGGUGGGACCAAGCGCCCCCAGUCACUCAUACAACGUCUUUGUCGCUGAUGCGGCAGAUCCAGAGGACGAAAAGCGCUGCACGGCGUUCAACGGCGUGCAAAACAUGCAGGAGCUUCUCGAGACGGACCGGCCACAAAUUACAGUCCAGGUAACCCGGUUUAGUGAUGCUACCCUGAUCACCUUCUCUGUCAGCCAUAUCAUCGGCGAUUUAUUCACGAUACAGACUCUCUUCAAGUCGUGGGAAGCUGCCUUGCAUGGGCAACCCCUCCCGCCGUUUGAAGACCUGGGCAAGGAUCCAUUCACUGCCUACGGACCAGGCGGCCUCCUAGCAGGCAAAGAGGUUACCUCGAGCUCGCCUCCACUGCCUCCGGGCUGGCGAAUUUAUGGCGUCUUUGACAAGAUUCGGUUCCUAUACCGGUUCCUAUGGGACAGCCACAUCUCGCGGCCAGAGAAGACCAUCACUCCCAAGUACGUCUUCAUCUCCAAUGCCGAACUUUCAGCGCUCCAGGCGCAGGCGGAGCGCGAUCUCACACAGCUGGAAGCCAAGCGCAAGCAAUCCAAUAGCGGGGGUACGGCACUCAAAGUCUCGCGGUCCAAUAUCCUCCUUGCCUGGCUCCUCAAGCAGACCAACUCUCACCUGGGCCCCAACGAGAUCGUCACCCCCGUCACCAUCAUCAAUAUUCGCGGCAAACCACCCACCGGAAUCGCAGAUACAGACUUCCCCAACCACAACUUUUAUGGGGCCGCCUUGCCCGCCCCGCUUGCUGCGCUCAGAGUCCGCGAGAUCAUCGCGAUGCCCAUAGGCGAGCUCGCCCUCCACGUUAGAGAAGGGAUCAUCGAGGCCUCAAAGCCAGAAAACACCAGGAAUCUCUUGGCCUUCUUGGUGAACAAUACCCUCUGGAAAAAACCCUCUAGCAAGAUGGCUCUCUUCAGCCCCCCGAACCACAGAUGGGCUGGCCUGACAGAUUGGCGUGCCGGCAGACUGCAUGAAUUCGACUUUACUCCUGCACGGCUCGAUAGGAACGCUACUGGGGCCGGUAAUGAUAAUGCCAAGGUUAGCAUCUGUGGAAUUACCUGCCAUAUGCUCACGCCCUUCACGCAGCGGGAUCGCUGGGCUUGUAUGGGUGAUGCCGCUGGGGGCACCUGGUUCUGGGGUGCUGUUGCGGACAAGCAGUGGAGGGACCAACGCGGGUUCGGCAGGUUCCCCAAGUGGAAGUAUAUCAAGUUCAAGUAG